ACCAUUACCACCAGACCAGUUGGUUCCCUUCCCUCUGCAUCCAUCCAUCCAUCAUCGUCCGUCGUCUUCCUCGCCCCUCCAAUCCCAUCCCCUCUCCGCUCGGCGGCCGUGUCCCUUUCCCCUCUGCUUUCCUCAUCUCCUUUCCCAUCGCAGACGCAGGCGACCCGAUCCCCCCUCUCUCUCCCCUACCUCGUCUUAUCCCCAAUAGGGCACGCCACGUUCUUGAUUGUCGGGCCGGGCAGGGAUGUCGUCUCCGAGCAAGCGCCGGGAGAUGGACCUCAUGAAGCUGAUGAUGAGCGACUACAAGGUCGAGACGGUGAACGACGGGAUGCAGGAGUUCCUCGUCGAAUUCCGCGGGCCCCAAGAAAGUCUCUACCAGGGAGGUGUAUGGAAGGUUCGGGUAGAACUGCCCGAUGCGUAUCCUUACAGGUCCCCCUCGAUUGGUUUCGUUAAUAAGAUAUAUCACCCGAAUGUCGAUGAACUGUCUGGCUCCGUCUGUUUGGAUGUCAUUAACCAGACAUGGAGCCCAAUGUUUGAUCUUGUCAAUGUGUUUGAAGUCUUCCUUCCACAACUUCUAUUAUAUCCAAAUCCUUCUGAUCCAUUGAACGGAGAAGCUGCUGCACUCUUGAUGCGUGAUCGCCCUGCUUAUGAGCAAAAAGUGAAAGAAUUCUGCGAGAAAUAUGCCAAGCCAGAGGAUGCGGGUAUAACCCCAGAAGAUAAUUCGAGCGACGAAGAGCUGAGCGAAGAAGAUGACGACGACUCCGGUGACGAUGAGCCCAUACUGGGCCAUGCAGACCCCUAGUCGAUGCAGGACCUAUUUCUCCGGCUCAAUUCGCACACCUUGUUUUGUUGCAGCAACUGCAAUUAAACAGCCUGUAGUUCGUCCACACCCAAGUCUGAAUGCCAUGUAAAUAAGUGCACUGUCAGUGUUUUCUAAUGUUACCUCCAGCCUCAGUUUAAUAUGCAGCAGCACUUAAAUUUACCUUCUGAGA